AUGGCCUACGACCGCUACGUGGCCAUCUGCAAGCCCCUGCACUAUGGGACCCUCCUGGGCAGCAGAGCCUGUGCCACCAUGGCAGCAGCUGCCUGGGGCAGUGGUUUCCUCUAUGCUCUCCUGCACACUGCCAAUACAUUUUCUCUUCCUCUCUGCCAAGGCAAUGCUGUGGACCAGUUCUUCUGUGAAAUCCCCCAGAUCCUCAAGCUCUCCUGCUCAGACUCCUCCAUGAGGGAAGCUGGGCUUCUUGUGGUUUGUCUUUGUUUAGCAUUUAGUGCUUUUAUUUUCAUUGUGCUGUCCUAUGUGCAGAUCUUCAGGGCUGUGCUGAGGAUCCCCUCUGAGCAGGGAUGGCACAAAGCCUUUUCCACGUGCCUCCCUCACCUGGCCGUCGUCUCCCUAUUUAUUAGUAAUGUGAUUUUUGCCUACUUGAAGCCCCCCUCUAUCUCCUCCCCAUCCCUGGACCUGGUGAUGGCAGUUCUGUACUCGGUGGUGCCUCCAGCACUGAACCCCCUCAUCUACAGCAUGAGGAACCAGGAGAUCAAGGAUGCCAUUAGGAAAGUAAUGCCAUAG